GUCGGGCUGUGUGCUCUGACACGGACGCCUCCCAGCCCCUCUUCACCGGCUGCCGCUACUUUACGCGGCCUUUACGAGCUCUCGUGCACGCUCCGCUUCAGGGCUGAGCCAACCCCCUUGCCGUCCACACAGUACUUAAGGGGAAGCGUCUGAAAAGAACCUCCAGCAUCUUCAGUGCGAGUUCCUCCUGUUUUUACGUCACCAUUUUCUCACUCAUUUCUUAAAACCCGGACUUUCUCGUAAUUAUCCGGGUGAACACCGACUUUGUUUCUCCUAAUUCCGGGAUGUGGAGUGGCGCCUUCUCUAAAGGAAAAGUAUGCGGUGGCGAGGCCCGUCCGGUGAUUUCCUAGAAGCAUGAUUGUUUGUUGCACUUGAUCUCACAACCUGGUGAGGACUUCUUUACUGAUAAUGUCAAGUUCAGGUUAUCCUCCCAACCAAGGAGCAUUCAGCACAGAGCAAAGUCGUUAUCCUCCCCACUCUGUUCAAUACACCUUUCCCAGCACCCGUCACCAGCAGGAGUUUGCAGUCCCUGAUUAUCGUUCUUCUCAUCUCGAAGCCAGUCAGGCCUCACAGCUCUUACAGCAGCAGCAGCAGCAGCAGCUUCGCAGACGACCUUCCCUGCUUUCAGAGUUUCACCCAGGUUCUGACAGGCCUCAAGAAAGGAGAACUGGAUAUGAGCAGUUUCACCCAGGCCCUUCCCCGGCAGAUCAUGAUUCACUGGAAUCCAAGCGACCACGUCUGGAGCAGGUUUCUGAUUCCCAUUUCCAGCGGGUCAGCGCUGCGGUCUUACCUUUAGUGCACACGCUGCCAGAAGGGGUGAGGUCUUCUGCAGAUGCUAAGAAGGAUCCAGCAUUUGGAGUCAAACAUGAAGCUCCUUCCUCUCCAAUCUCUGGGCAACCAUGUGGAGAUGAUCAAAAUGCUUCACCUUCAAAACUUUCAAAGGAAGAGUUAAUACAGAGUAUGGAUCGUGUAGAUCGAGAAAUUGCAAAAGUAGAACAGCAGAUCCUUAAACUGAAAAAGAAACAACAACAGCUCGAAGAAGAAGCUGCUAAACCUCCAGAGCCUGAGAAGCCUGUGUCACCUCCUCCCGUGGAGCAGAAACACCGCAGUAUUGUCCAAAUUAUUUACGAUGAAAAUCGGAAAAAAGCAGAAGAAGCUCAUAAAAUAUUUGAAGGUCUUGGCCCAAAAGUUGAACUGCCACUCUAUAACCAGCCAUCAGAUACCAAAGUGUAUCAUGAGAACAUCAAGACUGGAGUACCUGCAAGGCGCAUGAUGAAAAACCAGGUGAUGAGGAAAAAACUCAUUUUAUUUUUUAAAAGAAGAAAUCAUGCAAGAAAACAAAGGAUCAAGGACAGCUUUUCAUUCACAGAGCAAAAAAUCUGCCAACGUUAUGAUCAGCUCAUGGAGGCAUGGGAGAAAAAAGUGGACAGAAUAGAAAAUAAUCCUCGGAGGAAAGCUAAAGAAAGCAAAACAAGGGAGUAUUAUGAAAAGCAGUUUCCAGAAAUUCGAAAACAAAGAGAACAGCAAGAACGGUUUCAGCGAGUUGGGCAGAGGGGAGCUGGUCUUUCAGCCACCAUUGCUAGGAGUGAACAUGAGAUUUCUGAAAUUAUUGAUGGGCUCUCUGAACAGGAGAAUAAUGAGAAACAAAUGCGACAGCUCUCUGUGAUCCCACCUAUGAUGUUUGAUGCAGAACAGAGAAGGGUCAAGUUCAUUAACAUGAAUGGGCUUAUGGAGGACCCUAUGAAGAUUUAUAAAGAUAGGCAGUUCAUGAAUGUUUGGACUGACCAUGAGAAGGAGAUCUUUAAGGACAAGUUUAUCCAGCAUCCAAAAAACUUUGGACUAAUUGCAUCUUACUUGGAAAGGAAGAGUGUUCCUGAUUGUGUUUUAUAUUACUACUUAACCAAGAAAAAUGAGAAUUAUAAAGCCCUAGUAAGAAGGAACUAUGGAAAACGCAGAGGAAGAAACCAGCAGCAAAUUGCCCGACCCUCACAAGAAGAAAAAGUAGAAGAAAAAGAAGAAGAUAAAGCAGAAAAAACAGAAAAAAAAGAGGAGGAAAAGAAAGAUGAAGAAGAAAAAGAUGAUAAGGAGGACUCUAAAGAAAACACCAAGGAAAAGGAUAAGACAGAAAGUACAGCAGAAGAAACUGAGGAGAGAGAGCAGGCCACGCCCCGGGGCCGAAAGACUGCCAACAGUCAGGGCCGCCGAAAGGGCCGGGUCACCAGGUCCAUGACCAGUGAGGCCGCAGCUGCCAGCGCUGCGGCUGCUGCAGCCACCGAGGAGCCUCCCCCACCUCUGCCACCGCCGCCAGAACCCAUUUCUACAGAACCUGUAGAAACCUCUCGAUGGACAGAAGAAGAAAUGGAAGUUGCUAAAAAAGGUCUAGUAGAACAUGGUCGUAACUGGGCAGCGAUUGCCAAGAUGGUGGGGACUAAAAGUGAAGCCCAAUGUAAAAACUUCUAUUUUAACUAUAAGAGACGACACAAUCUUGACAACCUCUUGCAGCAGCAUAAACAGAAAGCCUCACGGAAGCCUCGUGAAGAGCGAGAUGUGUCUCAGUGUGAAAGUGUAGCUUCCACCGUUUCUGCUCAGGAGGACGAGGACAUCGAAGCCUCCAACGAAGAGGAAAAUCCCGAGGACAGUGAAGGUGCUGAAAAUAGUUCUGGUACAGAAAGUGCUCCUUCUCCUUCACCAGUUGAAGCUGUCAAGCCCGGCGAAGACAGCACUGAAAACGUGCCUCCUCGGGGGACCACGCCCGACCCCGUGCCCAGGGCCUCUCCGUCGCCGGCAGUUCCGAGCACAGAAGCAGCCGAGGAUGCCAGUGUGGAGACCCAGGCGAACGACAGCGUGGCAGUGGACACAGCAGAGCCGAUGGACGUGGGGCACAGGGAGUGCGGGGCUGAAGGCACUUCUGCUCUGGACCUCCCCUUGGCCACCAAGGCUGACGCUGCGGACGUGGAAAUGCCAGAAAGCAGUCCAUCCAGAGUCGAAGGGGACCCCAAAGACAGAGAUCUGGAGAGAGGCAGCGAGAAGCCGGAGCCUGGAGGCGACGACCUAGGGGUGGCCCAGCAGAUGAGUGCCCCGAGGCCCGAGCUCCCCUCUGACCACGACUCCAGUGCCACGUGCAGUGCCGACGAGGAUGUGGACGGGGAACCCGAGAGGCAGCGAAUGUUUCCUGUGGAUUCAAAACCUUCAUUGUUAAACCCCACUGGAUCUAUACUGGUCUCGUCCCCAAUAAAACCAAAUCCACUGGACCUGCCACAGCUUCAGCAUCGAGCUGCUGUCAUCCCGCCAAUGGUUUCCUGCACCCCAUGUAACAUACCGAUUGGAACUCCAGUGAGCGGCUUCGCCCUCUACCAGCGACACAUCAAAGCCAUGCAUGAGUCAGCGCUUCUGGAGGAGCAGCGGCAGAGGCAGGAGCAGAUGGACCUGGAGCGCAGGGGUUCUGCGAGCCCGCGUGGCGCCCCCAAGAGCCCAAACAGAGAGUGGGAAGGAAAAUCAGUCGCCUAUAUGCCUUAUGCUGAGGUCACACGUGCUCUAGCACAGGAAGCACAGAUGCGCAGUACCGCAGCAAGGUCAGCAUCACCGUGUAGGCUCUCUCCGAGAGAAGUCAGUAAAGCUGCGCCACAGCCCGAUGUGAGUGCAGCCCGCUGUAGUGUCCCGCCAGUCCUCCAGCCUGCUCCGCAUCAAGUGAUAACUAACCUCCCUGAAGGGGUUCGGCUUCCAACAACUCGACCCACUAGGCCACCUCCUCCUCUCAUCCCAUCAUCCAAAACCACAGUGGCUUCAGAAAAACCAUCUUUUAUACUGGGAGGCUCCAUCUCACAGGGAACACCCGGCACUUACUUGCCUUCUCCUAAUCAGGCCUCCUAUGCUCCCGAGGCAGCGAAGCCCUCGGCGGGCUCCAUCUCUCUGGGACUGCCGCGGCAGCAGGAGGCCGCCAAGCCAGCUACUGUGCCCUACAUCAAGCAAGAAGAGUUUUCUCCCCGAAGCCAAAACUCACAACCUGAGGGUUUAUUGGUCAGAGCCCAACAUGAAGGAGUGGUCAGAGGUACCACAGGAGCCAUUCAAGAAGGAAGUAUAACUCGGGGAACUCCCUCCAGCAAACUUUCUGUGGAGAGCAUCCCAUCCCUCCGGGGCUCUAUCACCCAGGGGACCCCGGCUCUGUCCCAGGCUGGCAUACCAACUGAGGCUUUGGUGAAGGGACCCAUUUCUAGACUGUCCAUUGAAGAGAGCAGUCCUGAGAAAGGCCGAGAGGAAGCUGCAUCCAAAGGCCAUGUUAUUUAUGAAGGCAAAAGUGGACACAUCUUAUCUUACGAUAAUAUUAAGAAUGCCCGAGAAGGGACGAGGAGUCCGAGAACAGCUCAUGAAAUCAGUCUCAAAAGAAGCUAUGAAUCAGUGGAAGGAGCUCUAAAGCAAGGGUUGUCCAUGAGGGAGUCUCCUGUGUCAGCACCGCUGGAGGGGCUGAUCUGCCGAGCAUUACCCAGGGGGAGCCCUCACUCUGACCUCAAAGAAAGGACUGUGCUGUCUGGUUCCAUAAUGCAGGGCACACCAAGAGCGACAACUGAAAGUUUUGAAGAUGGCCUUAAGUACCCCAAACAGAUUAAAAGGGAGAGUCCGCCCAUACGAGCGUUUGAAGGUGCCAUUACCAAAGGAAAACCUUACGAUGGCAUCACCACCAUCAAAGAGAUGGGGCGCUCCAUCCAUGAGAUCCCACGGCAAGAUGUUUUAACUCAGGAAAGCCAGAAAACCCCAGAAGUGGUGCAGAGCACGAGGCCCAUGGUCGAGGGCUCCAUCUCCCAGGGCACACCCGUCAAGUCUGACAGCAGUUCAGGCCAAUCCGCCAUCAAGCACAACGUCAAGUCCUUGGUCGCGGGGCCUAGCAGACUGCCCCGUGGGCUGCCUCCACUGGAAAUUAGGCCAGAGAGCAUAAAAGCGGUCGAACGGGGAAAAUACGAGGACGUGAAAGCAGGCGAGCCUGUGCGUUCCCGGCACACGUCGGUGGUAAGCUCUGGCCCCUCGGUUCUCAGGUCAACGCUUCACGAAGCCCCCAAAGCACAGCUGAGCCCGGGGAUUUACGAGGACGCCAGCGCACGGCGGACGCCGGGGAGUUACGCCAGCACUGCGCCCAGAGGCUCGCCCAUGAUGAGCAGAGCUCCCGAUGUUACGAUUUCUUCUAGCAAGUCUACCAGUCAUGAAAGGAAAUCGACACUGACCCCUACACAGAGGGAAAGCAUCACAGCGAAGUCUCCAGUUCCUGGGGUAGACCCUGCAGUGAGCCACAGCCCUUUUGAGCCGCACCACAGGGGCGGUGCCCCAGGGGAGGUUUACCGGAGCCAUCUGCCCACACAUCUGGACCCAGCCAUGCCGUUUCACCGGGCUCUGGAUCCUGCAGCUGCUGCUUACCUGUUCCAGAGACAGCUGUCACCAACUCCAGGUUACCCCAGUCAGUAUCAGCUCUAUGCGAUGGAGAACACGCGGCAGACGAUCCUCAACGACUACAUCACCUCACAGCAGAUGCAAGUGGGCCUGCGCCCGGACGUGGCCAGAGGGCUGUCCCCCCGGGAGCAGCAGCUGGGUCUUCCGUACCCAGCAACCAGGGGAAUCAUUGACCUGACCAAUAUGCCCCCAGCAAUUUUAGUGCCUCAUCCAGGGGGAACAAGCACUCCCCCCAUGGACAGAAUCACUUACAUUCCUGGAACACAGGUCACCUUCCCUCCGCGGCCGUACAACUCUGCGUCCAUGUCUCCAGGACACUCAACACACCUCGCGGCUGCGGCAAACGCUGAAAGAGAGCGGGAGCGGGAGAAGGAGCGGGAGCGCCUCGCCGCAGCCCCCUCGGACCUCUGCCUGCGGCCAGGCUCAGAACAGCCCGGCCGGCCCAGCAGCCACGGCUACGUUCGCUCCCCGUCUCCUUCAGUCAGAGCUCAGGAGACCCUGUUGCAGCAGAGACCCAGCGUUUUCCAGGGAACCAACGGAACCAGCGUGAUCACACCUUUGGACCCGAGCGCACAGCUACGGAUCAUGCCGCUGCCUGCUGGGGGCCCUUCCAUCAGCCAGGGCCUGCCGGCCUCCCGUUACAAUACUGCUGCGGACGCCCUGGCUGCUCUUGUGGACGCCGCAGCGUCUGCUCCCCAGAUGGACGUGUCCAAAACAAAAGAGAGUAAGCAUGAAGCUGCCAGGUUAGAAGAAAAUUUGAGGAGCAGGUCAGCAGCAGUUAGUGAGCAGCAGCUAGAGCAGAAAAGCCUGGAGGCGGAGAAGAGACCCGGUCAGUGUCUGUACGCUUCUUCAGCCCUGCCGAGUGGCAAGCCCCAGCCCCAGUCUGCAGUAGUUUACUCUGAGGCUGGGAAAGAGAGAGGGCCUCCUCCAAAAUCCAGAUAUGAGGAAGAGCUAAGGACCCGAGGGAAGACUACCAUUACCGCAGCUAACUUCAUAGACGUGAUCAUCACCCGGCAGAUUGCCUCGGACAAGGACGCGAGGGAACGUGGCUCCCAGAGUUCAGACUCUUCCGGUAGCUUAUCUUCUCACCGGUAUGAAACACCUGGCGAUGCCAUUGAGGUGAUAAGCCCUGCCAGCUCCCCCGCGCCGCCCCCCGAGAGGCUGCAGGCCUACCAGCCGGAGGUCGUGAAGGCGAGCCAGGCAGAAAACGAAGCCUGCAGGCAGUACGAAGGACCGCUGCACCACUAUCGGCCACAGCCGGAGUCGCCCUCCCCGCAACCGCCGCCGCCCCCAUCUUCACAGGCCGAGGGGGUGGGGCAGGUGCCCAGGACACACCGACUCAUCACACUUGCUGAUCACAUCUGUCAAAUUAUCACGCAAGAUUUUGCUAGAAAUCAAGUUCCGUCACAGCCUCCCCAGCAGCCUCCCACUUCUACAUUCCAAAAUUCACCGUCUGCUUUGGUGUCUACACCCGUGAGGACUAAAACAUCAAACCGUUAUAGCCCAGAAUCCCAGUCUCAGUCUCUUCACCAUCAAAGAUCAGGUUCAAGGGUCUCUCCAGAAAAUCUUGUGGACAAAUCCAGGGGAAGUAUCAGGCCUGGAAAGUCCCCAGAGAGGAGUCACGUCUCUAGCGAGCCCUACGAGCCCAUCUCCCCACCCCAGGUUCCGGUCGUGCACGAGAAACAGGACAGCGUGCUGCUCCUGGCCCAGCGCGGAGCCGAGCCCGCGGAGCAGAGGAAUGAUUCCCGAUCACCAGGGAGUAUAAGCUACUUGCCUUCAUUCUUCACCAAGCUGGAAAACACCUCACCCAUGGUUAAAUCAAAGAAGCAGGAGAUCUUUCGUAAGUUGAACUCCUCUGGUGGAGGUGACUCUGAUAUGGCAGCUGCUCAGCCAGGAACUGAGAUCUUUAACCUGCCAGCAGUCACCACCUCAGGCUCCGUGAGCUCCCGAGGUCAUUCCUUUGCUGACCCUGCCAGCAACCUCGGGCUGGAGGACAUCAUCCGGAAGGCGCUCAUGGGGAGCUUUGAAGACAAAGUGGAGGACCACGGGGUCGCCAUGCCCCAGCCCCUGGGGGGGGUGCCUGGUGGUGCCGGCACCUCGGUGGCGACCAGCGGUGAGGCCCGGAGAGAGGAAGGGGACCCGUCACCUCAUUCAGGAGGAGUUUGCAAACCAAAGCUGAUCAGCAAGUCAAACAGCAGGAAGUCGAAAUCUCCUAUCCCGGGGCAAGGCUACUUGGGAGCUGAACGGCCCUCCUCGGCCUCCUCUGUGCACUCGGAAGGGGACUACCACAGGCAGACGCCAGGCUGGGCCUGGGAGGACAGGCCUUCCUCCACAGGCUCGACGCAGUUCCCCUACAACCCCCUGACCAUGCGGAUGCUCAGCAGCACGCCCCCUGCGCCCGUCGCCUGUGCGCCCGCCUCUGCCAGCCCCGCCGCCCCUCACCAGCCGAGCAGGAUCUGGGAUCGGGAGCCGGCCCCGCUGCUCUCCGCGCAGUAUGAGACGCUGUCCGACAGCGACUGACCUGCGGGAAGGGGUCCCGGGGCCCCCUGGGUGGGGGAGGGGCUCUAGUUUCUGGUGGUCUCAGUUUUAAGUGCAGGCCAAAAGCCUGCCCUCCUAGGACUUGUGCCCAGAGACUUUCCAGGAGAGCCUUGGGCCACAGACGACGACGAAAUGAUGGAAGUUUAUUUCAAGAGUCAAAUGAGGGGAAAAGGCUGCCCUGAUACAGGCAGUUCAGUGGAUCAUAAUAAUAGUGGAGGGUUGGAAUGUAGAGUUUUUAAAAAGUGGAUAAUUCCUGUUCUUACAUCUGUUUGUAAAGAAAAUCAUAAUGUCUUUAAAUCACUCUUCUGUAAAUAGAUGACCUUUUUGCAGUGUUUCCCCUCGCUCUAGUAUCUCGUGUACUUAUAUUCAAAUCAAUCAGCGUAUCAACUCUGGGGGUAAUUUUUAAAAAUCUCGUCUUUUUAACCUUUGCCUUCUAAACAACCUCAUACAGCCCAGUUAUACAAUAUUGGCUGUCACGGGCAUUGUACUUUUAUCCAAUUUUGUUUCCUCCGAACUCAGAUUCCCAGUGAUGUUUAAAAUCUUGUGAUAAAUGUUUAGAUUUUUAACACAGACCCUGUCAUAAAAUCUGUACGUUAACGUAUUAGGGUCAAAAGGAGAAACAAAAUUCUGCCAUACUGUAAAUCUCCAGUGCAGGCUUUAAUUUUUUUUUUAAUUAGAAGCACUGAAAAAAUAGUACUGCAUGGGUAUUGUUAUAGUUCAGUUUUUAAGGUUUUAAAGGCUUAUUUGAGGCAUACCUCACUGUUAUGCACACUGGUAAUUAACCACACCCAAGCACUCCUCCUCUCCUGCAUUUGAUGCAGCCCAGCAAAGCUUUUGUUCUGAAAUAAAUCUGACCGCCCUGUCCACUAGCUACAGUAGAGUACUUGUGAUGUGAGCCUUUCGCUGUCUCAGGUUUAAAAGGAAAAACUUACACUUUCCUUUAGUUUGAUAGCUAUUAUUGGUUGAGAGUCAGAAGGUUACAGUCUGUGCAGAACCUCAGUGUUUUAGGUUUGCUUCGUGCCGCAUAACCUGAGCUCUCGUGGGGAGCAGCCAGUCCUUUCCCCUUCGUGCCACCCUGUGCUUACUUUCACUUUGAUUCCUUGUGGGCAAGAGUUCGUCAGGUGUUUUUAUUUCACUGAAUCUCAAGAAGCAAAUAACUUAAAAGACUGAAUUUUAAACCCAUUAUGGUACUAGAGGAUCAGUCUUACCCUUCAAUAAUAAUUGCUUGUUGAAUUAAAAACUUUUUUUCAUACAACUUUAACAUAGCAUUGAAGCAUCCUUCUGUAGCACACGGAUGCUAAUGGUUUUGGGGGAAUGCCACCGAGAUAGAGGUCUCUCAGAAAGAUAAAAACUAGCACUUUAUAGACUCUUAAGUAGACCUGAGCUUUUAAGCAAAAGUACUCAAGCCUCUAAGGACAGCAGGUGUCCGACAACCACUGACUAAGCGCCUCCUUUGCAGUGGAGGGGACCUUGGUGUCUAGUCCCCUUUUUAUAGAUGUGGAUGCAGGUUCAGUACGUUGCCCACACAGUUAAAUAAGCAACGAAGACAGGGCCACAGACCGACACCUGUCUGAAGCUAAGGGAACUACGCACCUGCGUAUGCUUGAGGUCCUCCAAGUAAGCUUUAGAUCAGGUGUAGUGGUCAAAUCCCUACUACUCGGAAAGCUGGUACGACUUUAUAAAUACUUUAAAAGUUUUAAUGUGAAUGAAAAACAGUAACUUAAGGUUUUUGCUUAAAGUUUUGUUUACGUACUAGUAACAUUUUAGAUUUUAAUUAUUUGUCAACAGUCCCAAAGAGAUGAUGCUGGUAUUUUUCUAUGACUAGUUCUUGAGAACACGUCAGAUCAGAGCCCUGUGCGUAACCUGUGCAGCUCCACUCAGGACCCAAAGGGGGCGGCUGUUGACCACUCACCCCUCCUCAUCACAGUGCAAGUUGUUUUACUUCACCUGCCGUCACCUGGAGAAGAGAUCCCGCAACGGGAGACAAAACCCACGGUCCCGCCUCGGUUCAGAACAAGGGCAGGACGGAGUGCUGGCCUGCAGAGCGGGCAGACCAUGUGGGAGGUGGAGGCCCAUCCGGCGUGACGUGACUUGGCCAAGUCAGCUGUGAACCGAGGCGGGAUGCUGCGGGCUGAGACCCCAGGGUUCUGAAGCUACAGCCUGGCAAGUGACUAUUUUUUAGCACCCAGAACGAAGUUACAGUUCACAGAACUGUGACAGCCAGCCAGUGUCCACCGCGUGUUCAUGAUGAGAAGAUUCGUAGUGCUUGAAUGUGGGUGUGCUGGGUGAUUCUAUCUUAAAAUAUCCAUGCCCUGAAAGCUCCAGUGAGAUAGUUCAAGUUUUUAUACUACUGUGAACAGUUCACCUUUGGAUUCAGCCCGGUCAGUGGCAGGCCAGUCCUCCUCGUUUCGCUGCCUCAGUACAGUGAACUGUAGUGACCGCGCCGCGUGCAGAGCUUUCUGAAAACUCCCGCAGGUGUUCCGGGACCGGGAGCCGCAUCAACGAGGGUCAGAAAUUCUCAGUAAAACCUAGAGCGAGAAACCUCCCUUUCAGUAACUCCCGCAACUGUGAGAAGGUAAAAACGUUCUCAAUGCAGAAGGUGAGUAGUCGACAGUUUUUUAAAGUCAACUAAUAAAUGAAGACUGGUUGCACUGAAA